AUGGAGCCCGGCAGGUCGGUGCCGGCGGAGCUGAAGCUCCGCAAGCCCUCGCAGCGGGCCAGGAUCCCGGCGCCUUUCCUCGCCCACUCGGACGGGGCGCCCGGGCCGGUGGAGCCCCCCGGGCCGGACCCCGCGGAGGUAGACGCGGAAUCCCUGGUGCCCACGCACGAUGAGCGGGGCCGGCUCAUCCCCGAGUGGAAGCGGCAAGUGAUGGUGCGGCGGCUGCGGGCCCGACUGGCGAACGAGGACCCGGCGGGAGGGCAGGAUGCAGGCUCCUGGAGCUUCUCGCCUUCCCACCAAGCCGUGCUGGGCCCGUUCGGGGAGCUGCUGACUGAGACAGACCUGCAUCAGUUGGAGAGGGCAGUGGAGAGCCUGCGGCUGCGGCGGCGCGGCGAGGUGUACCAGAGCGAGCUGCGGCGCCUGGUGCGGGAGCUACGCGCCCUCUUGCCCGCCCCGCUGCUCAGCAUCUCCGUCCGCAGCCCCCCGCCUGCUCCGGGGCAGCCCCUGCCCCUCUGGUUCGGCCGUCUGGCCGGCGCCGUCAAUAGCCUGGCCGCACUGCUGGGCAACGCCGAGGGCGUGCGAGGUCCCAGCACUGCCGCCUCCCCGCCCGCCGCUACCUCCGCUCUCCCCGCAGCCGGCGGGCAUUCCCGGGAGCCCGGGGGCAGCCUGGCACAGCGGGAGAUCCGGCAGUGCGGAGUCUGCGUCCGCAGCUUGCGCGGCGCUUUCGAGCCCGCCUGGGGGGCCGCGGGGAGCGCGCCAGCCAGGGGCGGCGAGGCAGAGGCCGCCAGCGACUCGGGCAUCAGCUGCGAGGAGGCGUUUUCCGACGGCGGCGGCGGCUCCCCGAGGCAGGGGAAGGGGCCGGGGCCAGAGUGGGGCAGCUUGAGGAAGGAACGGAUCGUGAUGCUCUUCCUGAGCCACUGGAGACGCUCCGCUUACGCGCCCUUACGGCCCGCCGCCGGGGACCCUCGGGAGACAGCGGGGAGCGGGGCCCAGGCGGCGGCCCGCCUGGCGCGGCAGAGAGCGGCCAUCCAGAGGCUGCUGAGCGGCUGGCGGGAUGCUGCCUCCCGCCGCCCCCCGCCGCCGCCCCCCACCCGCACCCUGCUCUCCCCGGAGCAGUUCGUGUCGGCGGCGGGGGGCGGCCCGGUCGAGUAUGACAGCCUGUCGCUGGAAUUAUUCAUGUUGGGCUAUUUCCGCAUCUUGGAGCAGGACCUGUCCCCCGAGGAGCGCCGAGGCCGCCACCUGCUCUGUUUCGAGGUGUUUGAGCAGCUGGGCCGGCACGGCUGGCGGGCAGUGCGGGCCUUCCACCGCGCCGUCAUCGACGAGAUCGCGGCGGGGCGGCGCGGCUGGCGCGACGGCUUCGACGACAUCAAGGCACGGUACUUCGGGACUUUGCACAGCCCGGCCCAGCGGCCGGGACAGGCCGGGGAGGAGGGGGACGAGAUUUGUCGCUACAUCGAUCGCAGCUUCGCCUUUUGGAAGGAGAAGGAGGCCGAGAUCUUCAGCCUUGAGGAGUGAUGCCGAGGGGCUUCGGAGGCCGCGGGCUGCAAUAAAAACCUUCUCGGUUCUGUCCCA